AUGUCCACUUCAGCAAUACUCUUUGGUGCAGGCGGUAACGUAGGCAAAGCCGUCCUGCCUGCUCUUCUCGAGGCUGGCGUCAACGUCACGGUCGCAACACGUCAGGAUUCGAAGUCUACGUUUCCCGGAUCUGUCAAAGUCGUAACCACAAACUACGAGUCGGUGGAAGAUCUAACAUCUAUCAUCAGAGGGAACGACGCGGUUAUCUCCUUGGUCAACACAGCGGCGCUGAGCAAGGAGCUGCUACUCGUGGAUGCGGCCGCCGCAGCAGGAGCUUCGCUUUUCAUUCCAAGCCAGUUCGGACAUGACACGUCGGACGAUCGCAUUGCACCUUUGCUGCCUAUCUUUGGCAAGAAGCAGCAAACUGUCGCACGGCUAAAGGAGAAGGAAAAGGACGGUCUCACAUGGACAGCGAUCAUAACCGCGCUGUUCUUCGACUGGGGAUUGAAUUUCGGUACAUUUGAUGUUGACCUCAAGAAAGGCAAAGCUACAAUCUGGGACGGCGGGGAGACACGAUUUUCCGCGUCCAACAUGGAAGACAUAGCAUUGGCGGUGGUCCGGCUUGUGACGGAUCCUGUGACUCGAGAGAAAUACAAGAACCAACAUGUUUACGUGUCGUCUGUCCAAAUGACGCAGAAGGAACUCGUAGCUGCUGCCGAAGCCGUUACAGGGAAGACAUUUGACAUUACUGAGUACGAUAGCGACGUUGCAUUUCGGGAAGGUUCGCCUAUAAAGGUUCUCCAGGCAAUCCAGUUCUCAGGAAAGGGCCUCGCAGAUUUUCAAGCCAAGGUUGAUGCUGGAAAGGGCCGGUUCAUAGUGGAUAAGAGAGAGGAUGUUAGGACUGUGUUGAAGGGCUUGGCUGUUUGAGAGGUAUGUUCCUUGGCUG